GAACUCCUGGAGGAUAUGAUGUGCUGAUUGUGUAUGCAAGUGACGCCACUGAAUGGUGUCAGUACCUCCAGAACCUCUUCCUCUUUACUCGGCACAUUCGAAAGCAUCGGAUUCUGAGCUACCAGCUGGAAGGCGAGUCUGCCAUCUCCCACCAGGAGCUGGACCUGUUCAACAGGAGUCGGAGCAUCAUCCUUUUGCUAUCUGCUGAGCUGGUGCAGAGUUUUUAUCUCCCUCCUGUCCUGCAGAGCCUUCAGGAAGCUUUAUGGCCCCCGUACAAAGUAGUCAAACUGUUCUGCGGUGUUACAGACUGUGAUGACUAUUUGACCUUUUUCAAGGACUGGUCUCAGUGGCAAGAACUCACAAAUGAUGAUGAGCCUGAUGCUUACCUUGCAGCUGUCAAGAAGGCUAUUUCAGAAGAUUCAGGCUGUGACUCUGUGACCGAUACAGAAACAGAAGACGAGAAGAACCCAGUUUACUCCCACAGACUCGCCAUGACUGAAGAACAUGGAUCACCCAAGAGCACUGGGGACCAUCCAGUGGUGCAGCCUGACCGCAUACAGUGUGGGGUGCAGACAAAAGUUUAUAUUAUCAUGAAAUGUAAACUAGAUGGCAAAGUGAAAACUGAAGUUGAAUUCUCUCCAGAGAAUGCGUCAUCUGUGCGUGUACUGGCUGAGAUGGAGAAUGAGUACACAAUCUCUGUGGAAGCUCCAAAUUUAACCUCUGGGACAGUGCCUCUGCAGAUAUAUUCAGGGGACUUGAUGGUGGGAGAAACAAGUGUCACCUAUCAUACCGACAUGGAGGAAAUCAGCAGUCUGCUGGCUAAUGCAGCCAACCCUGUACAGUUCAUGUGCCAGGCCUUUAAAAUCGUGCCAUACAGCAUAGAAGCACUGGAUAAACUGUUGACUGAGUCACUAAAGAAGAACAUUCCUGCCAGUGGCUUACACCUGUUUGGAAUCAACCAGCUGGAAGAAGAAGAUAUGACAACAAAUCAAAGGGAUGAGGAGUUGCCAACACUGCUUCACUUUUCUGCAAGAUAUGGGCUGAAGAACCUCACUGCUCUGCUGCUUACAUGCCCUGGAGCACUGCAGGCCUACAGUGUAGCCAACAAAUACGGCCACUAUCCAAAUACCAUAGCAGAAAAGCAUGGCUUUAAGGACCUCCGCCAAUUCAUUGAUGAAUAUGUGGAAACUGCAGAUAUGCUGAAAAGUCACAUUAAAGAAGAGCUGAUGCAAGGCGAGGAGGAUGAGUCUAUUUAUGAAUCCAUGGCUCAUCUGUCCACUGAUCUGUUAAUGAAAUGUUCCUUGAAUCCUGGCUCCGAUGAAGAGCUUUAUGAAUCCAUGGCUGGAUUUGUCCCUGGUGCCCCAGAGGAUCUUUAUGUAGAGAUGCUUCAGUCCAAACCAGACACUCCAGUUGCCGGAGAUGAAGUUUCUCUAACUACAAAAGACUCAAUGCUCCGCAAGUUUUUAGAAGGCAGUAGCGUGGAUGUGUCAGACUCAGAGGAAGGAGUUUCCCAGCAAUAUGGUGAAGAUGUAUACUACUCAGUGAAACAAGAUACUUUUCCACAGGAAAUGGCUAGUAGACCUCCAGUUCCUGUUCCAAGACCAGAAUCCAGCUCUCCACAGCCAGACAAUGAGCUGUACAUCUCCAAAAUUUUUGCACAGAAAGCUCAAAGACCUGAGAAUCUCUAUGUCCCUAGAGGAAGGGUUAAGAAAGAAACCAUAGUCAGGCCUGUAAGGGACCUGUCUCAAUCAAGCAUAUAUGAUCCAUUUGCUGGAAUGAAAACCCCAGGUCAACGGCAGCUGAUUACAUUACAAGAGCAAGUGAAAAUGGGCAUACUCACUGUCGAUGAAGCUGUACUUCAUUUUAAGGAGUGGCAACUGAACCAGAAAAAGAGAUCAGAAUCAUUCCGUUUCCAACAGGAAAAUCUGAAACGGCUACGAGACAGCAUAACCAGGAGGCAAAUGGAGAAGCAAAAAAAAGAUAAAAGUGCAGAUUUGGAAAUUACAGUACCCAUUCGACAUUCUCAUAAUACUUUGGGGAAACCAGAAUGUGGAAUAUAUGAAUACGCCCCCAGGAAAAAUGUUUUCCCACCAAAAAAGGAGUUAAAGCGAGGAGACUGGAAAACAGAAAGCACAUCCAGCACAACAAGUAGCACAAGUAACCGCUCCAGCACUCGGAGCGUAUUGAGUGUCAGCAGUGGCAUGGAAGGGGAUAGUGAGGACAAUGAAGUCCCAGAAACAAACAGAAGCCGCAGCCCUGUUGCCCACCAAGCAGAGAGGCUUCCUUUCCUGGAAAGACCUCCCAGAGUGCCUCCUCGAGGUGCAAGCAGGCCUGUAAGCUGUGAAGGCUUUUAUCCUCCACCUGUGCCCCCAAGAGGUCGCUGAAUCUCUCAACAUCUGUGGAAUAUGAGAUUUUUCUGUUUGUAUGUGUGUUUGUACAGAUAUUUUUAGGUUAAGUUAUUUAUAAUUGGGAGCCAAAUUAUUUCUUCUCCUUCGUCCUCCCUAAAGCUCUGUUGACUUUUCCCAUGAUUUUCACCAAGACUUCUUGGCCUUCUGUAACUUUUUUGAUUGGAAGAAUUUUGGUGCUUUGGGACUUGAAGAAAAAGUAUUAUGGUUGGAAAGGAGAAUGCUGAUGUGUGUUUUGGCAGCCCUGCACCAACACAAUGUUUCCCUUUGACCCAGAAAGAACACAUGUCCUUUUAGAAGCUAAAUCCUGAUAAGCAUUGUUACCAAACCCUCGAUACAACCUACAAGGGCUUGACUAGAAAGCAUGCUUG